AUGGAGAAAAAAAGGGAGGGGGAAAAGCGUAUUCGUUCCCCCCAAACCCGCCUCCCCGUUCAGCGCGGCGGGGCGGGGUGGAAGAAGAUAAUCUGGGCACCGCCCCCAGAAACCCCACCGUCGGUUUUGCGCCGGGCCCUUCAGGCCAUUCUUGGGGGAGGGGGGUGGUGGGUUUUUGCCGGCGGAACCCCGAUAGGAUCUUUCCCGUUCCCUCUUGAAGAAAAGGGCGUUGGGGGAAAGGAGGGGAAGGCGGCCGCAUCAAAAAAAAACGGUGGUCCUUUGUGCCUGUUUUUCUGUAUGUGGGUUUCCAUUCUGUGA